GUGGAUCCGUGGCCCACGUUUUUGGACGAAAAGUACGAUCCAGAGUCCUCACGCAAUGCGAAUUUCGGACGGGCUCUACGACACAUAGUGAUGCGCUUGCGAACGCGGAAUAUGGACAUGACAGUCAGGAAUCAUAAAGGAGAGGACUGGAGAGC